AUGACUUUUGAUGCCAUCAAUGAAGAGAGAAGUAACGACGAAACGAAGGCCCCGACAAAGAAGAAAAAGAAGCACACAGUUUCCUCUUCCGACUCGGGUUCCGAUACCGAUGACAGCGAGUUGGGCAGCAGCGAGUUGGCUAGCUUGCUGGAUAUGAGCGGUAGUGGACUCGACGAUCUGUUUUCUCUGAGUGGCAGUGAGUUGGACGCGAUUUUUGGCUCUCUGCGUGGGAGUGGGCUUGGCAACUUGCCCCUUUCUUCCAGUGACAGUGACCUGGAAAGUGGCAGCUCUUCGCUUGCUGCCACCAAGGCGCCACGUAAGAAGAAAAAGAAGACUGCCACUGUGGCAGAGUCGUCGGAAGCAAGCGAUUCAGGGAGCGAUAUGAGCGGAUCGCUUUCGAGUGAAAGCUCUUCUGGUGAUGAGUUGGAUGACUUGUUCUCCAGUAGCGACUUUAGUGAUCUACUGAAGAGCGACAGUGCGUCGGAAAGCGACCUGAGCGACUUGAGCGACUUGAGCGACCUGCUGUCAGCCGAUAGUACUUCUGGUACUUCGGGAUCGGACGGGGAUGAAAGUGACUCAACCGACUCGUCGUCUUCUUCUGUCGACAGCGAUUCGACAAGCGGGAGCUCCGCGACGACGAAGAAGCCAGCGUCCAGUGGGAACAGUGACAUUCAAUCGUGCAAGGGAGGCUGGUGGGGCCACAUGAAAUCGUGGUGGAAGAACUCUUUUGGCAGUGGCGAUAACUCCGCAUGUUCAUUGAGCUAG